AAGUAAAGAACGCCACUAAGUGUUGCGACGGCGAGCGAGCAGCAGCAGCAACAGCAGCAACGGUCCAUGCAUGCGAGCCUCAGCGAAGGUUAUACACGAGUGUUUUCGCCGAGAAAAGUGCAUUUGUCCGCGUCUACCGUGUGCGUGGGAUAAGCCUAUCCAUAGCGAUGUUCCGUUGACGAUUUUUCGAUUUAUCAAACGGACUAAAAAUCGAUGAAAUCUUUCCUCGGUUUCUACGAUGCAGUGAAACACCGUCGGAGAUUCCAGACGACGUUGUGGACUGGAAAGCUGACGUCUGUUUCGCGCGAAUUAUCAUCCCGAUCGCUCUUAUUAAUCUGCAAAGGUGCCGUGAAAAUAAGCUCAUCUUGAUCGGUAAUAGUGGGAUACGUGAGAAACUAUCUUUAGUGAGUCAUCGAAUGCGGCGUAUCUGUGAACUAAGAGCAGGACACAUAGACAUCGCUCUCUCGGAGGAAGAAGACAGCUCUGGAGUUUAUAGACGGUGCGACAAAGCAAAAGUACUCGAUUUACCGAUGCCGUCGUUAUCGCACUCCUCGUGGACGUCGUCAUCGUUUUUAUAGCAACAACGACAGCGGUUAUACAGCUCUCCGAUCGAGAUGGAUUGGCGUUCACAGACUCGAGCGCGUUCUAUGUUACACAAAACUUGUUUUAUCAGCUCGGCGUGCAAGGAGUCGGCCAGCACGCGAGGUGAUCCAGCCUCCGUAACUCAUCAAAGUAGAGAAGGACUUGCCAUAAUUUUUUCGUAAAGUAAAAGUGCCAUUUUUAUACCAACAAGAGAGAAGAAUGCAUUUCCUAAUCAUCAUCUUCGCAACGAUCGCCGCGGAUGCUCUUCAGGAUUCUCCGAUCGUCCGUCCAAAAGGACUCUACACGGCAGAGGAACACAUAAGCUCGCGCGAGAUCGUGUUUCCGCGCAAGGUAACGCACCUCGGCGAGCUAAUAUCGCACAACGUGACCCACUACCACGAGGGUAAUGAGUUUUCGCCGGAGGAGGAAGAAACGGCGGCGAUGAAUCUGCUGCACUAUCGGUUAACAAUGAGCGGGCUCGAGUAUCACCUGCAGCUGAGGCCAGCCAGUAAGUUCAUCAAGCCCGGUAUGCUGGUAGAAAGGCACAAGCGCGAGUUGCGCCAGCGAGAACCUGCGAAAAAUCACUCGAGCCGAUGCCAUUAUCGGGGCGUCAUCCGGGACCAGCCUGACUCCCGGGUCGUUCUGUCAGCCUGCAACGGUCUGGCCGGCUUCAUGUAUGGGAAGCAUGGAGAAGUCUGGUUAGAACCAGUUGGGCUCCAAGACGAAGAUAAAUAUCGUGGGAAAGUGAAGGAAGCUCGGCCACAUCUGCUGUUCCGCCGAGUUCACAGACACAACGACACGCGACUGCUCUCGACGACUAAACCUGGCAGGCUGAGGAAAAAACAAAAGUUACGCCAAACUCUGAAGAUCCGAGAUAAACAGAACAAGCCCCGGCGAAUGCGCAAGCAGAAACACGAGAGAAACUGCGGCACGCGCGAGCCACGGCGGUUGAGCGAGACGCUGCUAGAAUGGCAGUCCCAGUCGGGCCUAAUGAAAGUUCAAGGUCGAGGUCGGCGCCGGCAGCUCCAGCCGCAGCGUUCCAAAAGGUCAGUAAGUCGGGCCCGACACGUGGAAGCACUCGUUGUGGCCGACAGAACGAUGAUGGCCUUUCACCAAGACGGAGACGUCGAGACCUAUCUUCUGACCAUCAUGAACAUGGUCUCGGCGCUGUACCUCGAUCCGAGUAUCGGUAAUUUCAUCAACGUCGUCGUCGUUCGCAUAAUUCUAAUGGAGGAAGACGACGCCGAGCCGGGACUGAACAUCACGAUAAACGCUGACAAAACUCUGUACAACUUCUGCAAGUGGCAACAAAAACUCAACCCGCCAGAUGAUUCCCAUCCGAACCAUCAUGACGUCGCUAUUUUGGUAACGAGGGAAGACAUUUGCUCCAGAGCAAACACUCCCUGCAGCACCUUAGGUGUGGCGCAUGUGGCUGGUAUGUGUCAGCCCGAUCGUAGCUGUAGCGUCAACGAGGACAAUGGCAUUACCCUUGCCCACACCAUUACUCACGAGUUGGGCCACAAUUUUGGAAUGUAUCACGAUACGGAAAAAAUUGGAUGCAGCAAAAAAGACGGAGAUAAGCUGCACGUGAUGACUCCAACGUUCGAAGCUGAUACCGUAGGCGUCGCGUGGUCUCGAUGUUCCAGGAGGGAUAUCACGAAUUUCUUAGAUCAGGGUAAAGGAGAAUGCCUGGAAGAUGAACCGGUCGAUAACGACUAUGCUUAUCCGGAUCUGCCACCCGGAGCUAUGUACAAUGCGGAGCAUCAAUGCAGGCUACAGUUCGGUGUUAAAGAUGCGUCUGUUUGUUCGCCUUUAGAAGAGAUAUGCUCAAAACUCUGGUGCGUAGUAGACGGAGUUUGCACCACUAUGCUACAUCCGGCCGCCCCAGGCACUCAUUGCGGAAAACACAUGUGGUGCCAGAACCAAAAGUGCAUACCCAUAGCGGAUCGACCCAGUCAAAUCAACGGCGGCUGGGGCGAGUGGAGCGCGUGGAGCGAAUGCUCGCGUAGCUGCGGCGCAGGUGUCUCGAUAAUCGAGCGAAAAUGCGAUCAUCCGGAGCCGGAGCACGGCGGAAAAUUUUGCACGGGCGAACGACGUCGUUACAAGAUUUGCAACACUCAGCCUUGUCCGGAAGGCACACCGAGUUACCGCAGCGUUCAGUGCAGCAGUUACAAUGGAAAAGAGUACAAGGGCAAAAAUUACACUUGGUUACCGUAUUUCGAUCAAACCGAGCCUUGCGAACUCUACUGCACGGAUACAGAAGAGAGCGUGAUAGUGCCGUGGGGCGAGUCGGCGCUCGAUGGAACACCUUGCAACGUUGGCACGAGAGACAUGUGCAUCGCUGGUAUAUGUAGGAAAGUCGGCUGUGAAUGGAUCGUGGAUUCCAAUGCAACGGAAGAUCGAUGCGGGAUAUGCCACGGAGACGGUACGCAAUGCGUCACGAUACGUGGGCUUUACGACAAGAACGAGGGACUGGGCUACAAGGAAGUCGUCGUCAUUCCUGAGGGAUCACGCAACAUUAAAGUCGAGGAGCUAGGCAACAGCAAAAACUACAUCGGUAUAGGUCGGCCAAAGACCAAUGAGUAUUUUCUGAACGGGAAGCGGCAGAUCACCUUGGCCGGCGAGUAUCAGGUCGCUGGCACGCCAGCUCUUUACGAACGCGAUCGUGACAAAGAGAAAGUCAGAAUUCCAGGACCUACUAAAGAAGACAUCUCCGUAUACCUGAUACACCGCGGACACUACCGAAAUUUCGGACUGCGUUACGAGUACACGUUACCGAAGAAAGACAUCGGUCGGGCUCCAGAGUACUCUUGGGUCUUCUCCGAUUGGUCUCUCUGUACGGCGACCUGUGGCGGUGGCAAACAGAGCUCGUACGCGCUCUGCAACGAAAGCAAGAGUGGCGUUGUCGAGGACAAAUUCUGCGACGACAUAGCGAAGCCCAGGAUUAUCACGCGCGAGUGCAACACGAAGCCUUGCCCGGCUAGGUGGUGGGUAGGUCCGUGGCAGAUGUGCCCGGUGACUUGCGGCGAUAAAGCUCUACGCAAGCGCUCGGUGAUGUGCGUCUCCGCCGGUCGUGACGAAGACCAGCCAGAGCUAGCCGUUCCCGACCACGAGUGCAACAAGGCCACGCGACCCGAGGAAGUCGAGCCCUGUCCGAACUUGCCGACCUGCGAGCUCAGUAGCGAGGUGCCGGUGAUCGUGUACGCCGAGAAUAAGAACUCGGAAUUCUACAACAUCAGUCCGAACGAGCGCGAGCCCGCGGCCCCUCCAACCACGCUGGAUGUCUUGGACAGUACCGAGGCGGAUCCCGAGAUUCUCGAGUUCGACAACGUUCUCGACGCCGACAGUCCCGACGAGAACUCCAUGUACAAUCGCAAACCCAAGUGGCAGGUAUCCAAAUGGGGCCAGUGCCUGGACGGACGGAGGACUAGGCGGGUGUUUUGCUCAGCGCCUGGAGAUGCCCUCGCCUGCGAUCCAGACAACAAGCCGCUCGAAUUCGAGCGGUGCUAUAGCGGCAAGUGGACAACGGGCCAGUGGAGUAGCUGCAACGCAACUUGCGCCGUCAAGUCCGGCCACAAGCAUAGAAACGUGACUUGCUACGAUAGGCAAACUAACUUGCUGUCUUCGGAUUGCAACGCCGAGAGGAAGCCCGUGGAAGUUAGACGUUGCUAUCACAAGAAGCCUUGCUUGGAUACGAAUCUCGCUGUUUCAGACUGCUACGACAGCAUCGAUCCGGUCUGGCUGUGUUCCGCGUACAAGCACAUGUGCGACGUAUCAUCAGUAGUUCGCGAGAAAUGCUGCGUAACAUGUUCCAGUAAGAAGCGAAAACACGUUCGACAUAAUCGUCGUCAGAACGUUGGACAAUGAUUUGGAUUUUCGCAAAAAAAAUAAUAACCAUAAUUUAAACGGAGAUUCCCUUUAUUUCGAGUAUCAUCUAUGUAUGCGCUUUAAAUUAUUUAUGCAAUAAUUUCAGCCUUCCAUAUUUUAUGUUAAAAAGUACGAGUUUACAUUGAGAAUUUAAUAAAAACCAACUGAAUCAUACUCAGUUUUUAAACAAGA